AUGCCCAACGUCCUCGUCACCGGCGCCAAUGGCUACAUCGGCAAUGCCGUGGCCCGCGCCUUCGUCCGAGCCGGAUGGAUCACAUAUGGACUCAUGCGAUCCCAGUCCGCAGCAACAUCCUUAGCCGUGGAAGAAAUCAUCCCCAUAAUCGGGAGCAUCGACGAUAUCGCUUCGCACGAAGCCAUCCGCAACGCACUUCCCCCAGCAUUAGACGCCAUCAUCUCCACCACAGAAAGCAUCAACGACUACAUCCCGCAUUACAACAACACAGUCCAUCUCCUGCGCGCCUUGUCCACAGCCAGCGGCGUCCGCCCCAUUGUCAUCUUCUCAUCCGGCUGCAAGGACUACGGCAUAGGGCCUCAUUAUGACGGGGACGCGGCGCUAGCUCCUCACUCGGAAGAAAGCCCUCUUAAUCCCCCGGGUAUCCUCGCCGAUAGAACGCAUCACUCGUUGAAGUUCCUCGAGCACAGGGAUGUCUUCGCCCCCGUCGUGGUCCGCCCGACGAAUGUUUACGGUAGGUCGGCUAGCUACUACCGGGGGUUCUUUGAGGCCGCGGCCCAGAGUGUGGAGAAGAAGCUCCCAUUGGUGAUACCGGCACCGCCUAGCUCCAUUUGCCAUGCGCUUCAUGUUGAUGACUGUGGGGAUGCCUAUGUCGCUAUUGCGGCGCAUCCGCGCCGAGAGGAGGUAGAGGGGGAGAUCUUUAAUAUCUCCUCGCGGAGAUACGAGACCGUCGAUGAGAUUGCUAAGGUUCUGGUUGCUGAAUAUGGUAUCACUGCUGGAGUGAAGUAUGUUGAGCCCGAAACGUUGGCAUCGGCUGAGAAUCCGUGGCCGCCGGCUUUGAUCGACUUCCCGCAGUGGACGGGGUCCGCGAAGUUGAGGGCUGUGACUGGUUGGCAGGAUGUUCGGCCGUUGUUUACUGAGGCGACACACACUUAUCGACUGGCUUAUGAAGCGGCUGUAGCGGCUGGUCAUGAGAACAUUCAAAAGAUGAAGGAACGUGAGGAGUUAUUCAAGUCGAAGAUCGGACAAUGA